AGUCUCUGGAAAUGCACCAUCCCCACGAAACGCGUGGUUAAAGAGGAGCUGCAAUAUGUCAGUUUUACUGAUCCUUUUUGCGGUUUUAUUCACUGGUACAGCAGCCCUUGAGGAUUGCACGUCCUACAAUGACAGCAGAGGUGAUCUUGUGUUGUGCAGUUUGGGGACUCCCCAGUUUACACGCCAGUUCUGCUGUGGGACAUGUGACGAAAUAUACUGCUGUGACGAUCCGCAGCAAAAAUUAACCAAGGAUGCACAAAAUGACUGUCUUUUCAAAACCUUAAAAUUUUCAAGUGAUUCUACCCAUCAAAUGGUGGACCAUACAGAUUUUUAUGUAGUGCCCAUAGUGAUGUUCCUGAUCGCCAUCAUUUUGUUCAUGUUCUGCUACUGCCUCGGAGAAAGACUUCAUCCGCAUGUGAUGUCAACAACUACAGUCAUGACACAAUACCAUCCACAGGGGAGUCAGUACUCCGCUUACCAAUCUGUGCCUAAUAACCCACAGCCAGCUUACGGAGGGCAACCCAUGCCGGUUGGACCAUCUCAGGGACCACCACCCACAUAUCAGGAGGCUGCAGGUCCAGGGUAUCCUGUUCCCUUCAUCCAGGCUGCAUAUAGUGGUCAGGACAUACAACCAGCUCAUCCACCGCUGCCCGCAGACUACACCUCACCUCAACCUGCAUAUAACCCCGCUUACGUAGAAUUACCAUAGACCGGUUACUAAAUCAAAACCGGCUGUUAUCAACACUUUUCCUUGCUUUUCUGCCUUUGUGAAUUGUGCAACUUCCACAGAACUUUCUUCUAGUAACAUUAACAGGAAGUUCUUUCAAAGUGAUCUACUAUUUUAUAAUGUUCUCAAAACAUUAAAAAUAUUUAUAUAUUGUUAAUGGAACAUUUCCUUCGUGAAGCUGGGUGCUCAUCUGUUUUUUGUUUGUUUGUUUUCAAUGUUAUACUUGUUACUUUUGAAGUAUGUUUCCAAAAUGAUAAAAUGGAAUGUUGCUUUAGCAUUCGUACACAGAUGUUUUUAAAACAUUAAAAAGCAGUUCAAAGAACAUUCAAAAAUCAAUUCAAAACAUUGAAAGCUGAACAUUCUGAAAGUUCAAAGAACAUUCAAAAACAUCUUUUUAAUAACUUAUUAGGAACAUAUGCUAAUUAGUAGAACAUUCUAGAACAUAUUUUUGUUAGCUGUUUUUUUAUUUUCUCCAGUCACAACACACUGUUUGUUUGUUUGUUUCUCUUUAUUUUAACCAAAGUGCAAACACUGUUUUGACACGUAUCAUUUUAUGGCCUUUUGUUUAAUGGUCAAUAAAUUGGACAUCUUAAACUAAACUGAUUUAUGUUCAGAAGUUAAU